GACACCACAAAAAAGAUGAGGGUCCAAGGAGGCAGGCGGAGACCUCGUUCCCGGGGGCCCAGAGCCUGCGCCAGCCCAAGGGCGGUCCAUGCGCCGCCUCCUUGCGCUCUUCGUCAGACGGCGGCGGCGGUUACUGCUUCCGAGGUCAUUUUACCCGGACGUAUCUUUAGGGUGCAGACCCGGAGAGCGCCUGCGGGAGCGGGCCAGCCAACCAGCGCCCAAACUUCGGGGCAAAUGACUCCCGUCUGCCCUCGCCCGGCUCUCGGCUACCAUUUCUUUCCGUGUUUGCUCCGCUCAGUGUUUAAAGACACGCGCAGCGCAGCGCCGAGAGCAGAGGCCGCGGGGCCGCCCCGGCCGCUGUCCAGCACUCGCAGCCUGAGUCGGGGCUGCCGCGGCGCCAGUAAUGUCGGGGCCCAGACUGAUAGGACACCCCUUGCAGGGAGUGGGGAGGCUGGGAGCCCGGCCGCCCCUCCCCAGGGCCGCCCAGCGACACCCACCAUCUCCCCCAGCAAGCGGGCUCGGCCUGCGGAGGACGCCAUGCGGCUCCGCUUUGUCCGGCUCUCGGAGCACGCCACCGCCCCGAGCAAGGGGUCCGCGCGGGCCGCGGGCUACGACCUGUACAGUGCCUAUGAUUAUACAGUACCACCUAUGGAAAAAGUCCUUGUGAAAACGGACAUUCAGAUAGCUCUUCCUUCUGGGUGCUAUGGAAGAGUAGCUCCCCGUUCUGGCUUGGCUGCGAAACACUUCAUAGAUGUAGGAGCUGGCGUCAUAGAUGAAGAUUAUAGAGGAAAUGUGGGUGUUGUACUAUUUAAUUUUGGCAAAGAAAAGUUUGAAGUCAAAAAGGGUGAUCGAAUUGCACAGCUCAUUUGUGAACGGAUUUUUUAUCCAGAAAUAGAGGAAGUUCAGGUUUUGGAUGACACUGAAAGGGGUUCAGGAGGUUUUGGUUCUACUGGGAAGAAUUAAAACUUAUGCCAAGAAUAGAAAAUGAGAAAACAUACUUUUCUUAAAAAUAAAGAGUCUUUGCUUAAGGUGUUUUGGUGUUUUAUACUUUUGUAAACUUACUAGUGUUACCUACUAAAACUGGUUGUCUUAGGAUUAAUUAAGGAAAAGAUACCUCAGUUGGGGUCACAAAGGAACUUACUUGCUUGUGUUUUUAUACAUUUGAAUGUUGUAUAAAUCUGUGUGGUGACCUAAUACAAAGUGUUUCUUUUUUUUAAUGGAAUGUAUAUCAAUUACAGAUCCAAAACUCCCUGUAUUAUUUAAUUCACUAAAUGCUGCUUCUCAGCUUAUUAAAUUGCUUUGUAAAUCAUAA